AUGGCGGGCCCGGGCAGCGACGGGGACCUGCGGCGCCUGCUGAAGCUGCACCGCACCGAGAUCGCCAUGGCCGUGGACGACGUCUUCCCACUGCUGCAUGGCCUGGCUGACCACGAUGUCGUCCCUGACCACAUCUUCAAGGAGACGCUGAGCCGGGCGGAGCGGGAGGGCUCCCACCGCGCUUUCCACGCGCUGCUCACCUGGCUGCUGGGCCGCGACACCGCCGCCCUCCGGGACUUCUGGGCCGUCCUCUUCAAGGAUUACAACCUGGAGCGCUACUCCCGGCUCCGGCCUCUCCGCGGCGCCUUCCCCAGAGAGGUGGAGCUGGGGCGGCAGCGCCGUGGAAGGCGACUGUCCCCGAGCCCCACAGCACCGGCCCCACACAGACCCCAAGGCAAGAGGAAAGCCCCUGAGGAGCGGGACAAGGCCCGAGCGGCACAGCCCGCUCCACGGCACAGUGCCAGUCCUGGGCCCCUGGUGAAGGCAAAGACUGUGAAGAAGCCGGAGGGCACAGAUACACCCCGCACCUCUCGUGCCAGUGCUCUCCAGGCAGUGGCUGCCUCAGUGCAGAGAGCGGUGGCUGUGGCAGGUGGUGAGGUGCCCGUCAGCCGUGGGGCCAUCGAGGGCAUCCUCAUUAAACAUGUGCUGGACCCAAACAGCUCCAAGAUGGGCAGCAGAGCUGGUGACAAGCCAUAUACCCCAACUGCCUGCGAGGAGCCAGAGGCCAGGAGCAGAAGCCACAGCCUGAAGCCUCCCACCCAGCCCAAGGCAUGCCAAAGUGGCCAGCUGCAAGCAGCCACUGUCUACAGCCAGGACCCUGCACCCCACCAGGAGAAUGAGGAUGAGUGUGCAGCAUGCGGUGAUGGUGGUGAGCUCAUCUGCUGUGACGGCUGCCCCAGGGCCUUUCACCUUGCCUGCCUGGUGCCCCCGCUGCCCCACGUCCCCAGCGGGACAUGGCGUUGUGGCUCCUGCGUGGAGAACGUGACUGAACCAGGCCAGCUGCUGGAGGCAGACCUGCCUGUGGAGAGACCCCCGGAGACCCUGGGGGAGGCGGCACGGGACACCCAUCAGGGUGGAGCGGAGGGGAGCAUCUGCAGCCGCUGCUGCACCCGGAUCCCCACUCCUCACCACUGUCCUGCUCCCAGUGGGGACCCCAGGGGACUACAGCUGUGCAUGUCCUGCACGGGCACCCUGGACACAGGCAGUCUGGGCACCACUGCAGCAGCUGGAGACCAACUGCUUCCAGCAGCCAAGGCAGAGGAUGCAGCCCUGGGCAGUGACCCUGUGCUGAGCCGGGAGGAGCUUGACGCGCUGCUAGGUGAGACCACGUGGGAUGGGAUCUUGCAGUGGGCAUUCCAGACAAUGGCACGGCCGCUGGCAGACACACAGGGGCUCCAUGCCUAG